GCUUAUCCGCCAUGGACCCAACUACCGUGUCGAAGUGUAUUGGACAUGCCAGCAGCCUAAAGUCGGAGUACGAUGCAAAGAGACAGGGAAGUCCAUGUUCUGCCACACGUACAAAUCGUUUACGGUGCUGAUCGAGCUAUGCAACGAGCUAGUCCCAUUCUUCGAGAAGGGUGGUGGUGAUCAAAAGUGGGAGCAAGUCAACUACAAAGCCAAUUCGAUUAUGAUGAACCUGCGGUUGAAGUAUCGAGCCGAGCUGAAA